AUGUUCUGCUGUCCCUCUUUGCGCAUACUGGUGCUGAUCAUGGCCGUAUUGGCCACCGCCUGUGCUGUGUGUGCCAACAUUUUUCCUGUGUUCCAAAAGAAGAGCGAUACUGUGACGAUGAAACAGACACUAUGGUACAGCAGAACAAUCUUGCCGGGUGGCAAUGAAACCGAGCAUAAGGUGAGCAAGAGCUUGUGCCAGCAGUACAAGUUAUUUUUUCAGGCCUCUGAGGCGAUGAUUAUGGGUGCUAUUGGUGUUGGCCUCAUCGUGAUGGUUUUUGUCAUCGUUCAGAUGAUCUGCGGGUCUCUGUCGUGUUGCUUGGGGUGUUUGACAUCGCUAUUGAUUACUAUUGCAUCUGCGGCGUCUGGGGUGUGUGUGGCGCUUCUUGUGUACGGGUACAUGAAAGGCUACUGCCAGGACGACACCGCACUCUCUUCCAUCUACGCUCCCUUCAAGGACCAGAACUACAAAUUUGCGGAGUCAUUUUACCUCAUUUGCGUUGCAUGUGGUCUUUUUUUUCUAUCCAGAUUUUUUCAGUGCUGGGUCUAA